UAAUGGUGGUAGAAAGUCUGGCCUAUAUUUUAAGAUACAUUGGAAGGGGUAUGAUGAUGAUUAUGACACAUGGGAACCAAUAUAGGGAUUAAGUGGUUGCCCUCAAAAGAUCAAAGAAUUUGUUGUCAAUGGCUUUAAAGAAAAAAGACCGCCUCUACCAGGACAUGUUGAUGUUAUUUGCAGCAGUACACCUUUUCUAGGAAUAAGUGGCUUCAAUCGAUUUAGGAACAUUCAGAAUCCUUUGGAGGAUCCAAAAAAUGAGCAAACGAAAACUUUCAUGGAUUUGAUUGAUUUUUUAAGGCCAAAGUUUGUGUUGAUGGAGAAUGUUGUUGAUCUUUUAAAAUUUCCAUGUGGGUUUCUUGGGAGAUAUGCUUUAAGCCGGCUUAUAGGGAUGAAUUAUCAGGCACGGAUGGGUAUGCUUGCAGGUGGAGCGUAUGGCCUCCCACAAUUUCGCAGGCGUGUCUUUUUGUGGGGUGCCCUUCAAGGAGAGAAGCUGUCACAAUUUCCUUUGCCAGCCCACAAAGUUGAUAGUAGAGGCGUCAUUUCCAAAGAGUUUGAGUGCAACAAUGUUGAUUAUGAAAACCAUGAUGUCAACCUAAAGGACGCACUCUUUCUUGAAGAUGCCAUUCCGAUCUUCCUAAGGUUGAGAAUAUUGUGGGCUGAGCAUCACAAUCAGGCCAUUUGUCACCCUGUCCAAGACCGAGUUCUCACAAUCAGAGAAAACGCGCGGUUACAGGGAUUUCCUGAUUACUACAAGCUUUGUGGCUCGAUCAAAGACAAGUACACACAAGUGGGAAAUGCAGUUGCUGUUCUAGUUGCCAAAGCUUUAGGUUACUCAUUAGCUCUCUCAUUCAAAGGCUUGUCUGAAGCAUCUGCCAUGUUCACAUUGCCCGAAGGAUAUGGCGCGAUUCAAGAGCUACCAGCUGAUCAAACCUCUCCUGCCGAAUUUCCAUAAUGAAGGUUUUGAAGGUCAUUAUUGAUUGCGCUAAGGCAUACAGUUUUUUAAAGUAAUUAUUCUUUUCUUCUCUGCAUUUGGACAUGUUAAAAAAACCCAUUGUUGCAGUAAAAUUUAGUUUGCUGCAGUGUGAAACAUUUCAUUGCUAAAUUUGUAAUAUUAUUCCCCAUUAUUAUGACAUCGACAAACCAAACAUUGUAUCGCUAUUCAAAAACUUUAAGCCUGAUCAAACCAACUUGUUUUUUUACGGCAUCAAAUAUAUAUGCAAAUGCAAUAUUCUGUGUUUGGGUGGGUUGGAGUUUCAUAGUGCGUGACUUGGGAAGAAUAGGAAACUUCCUAUAUAUUGUUAUAAUUAUAUGUUUCAAACUUUAUUUUUAUUUGUUGAAUUGUAUCAUGCUUUACAUGUAAGUCCAUACUUAACAAACUGUUGGUAAUCAU